UCCUCCAAACCACCUCCCCUCCGCUUUUUGCCUGGUUUUCCCAAGCCAGCCAGACCUCCUUACUGCUCCUCUUCCUUUUGGACUGAGCUGGCUUUUAACCUGUUGCUUUUAUCUCUGGCCAAGGCCCCAGGACAACUUCCCUCCAGGGAAUAUGAAGUGUUAUUUCCCCACAAUGCAGCCCGAGGGAGAUUUUUGGGGAGUGCUGUGAGAUUUCAGUCCUGCAUCAGAAUCUGAAGCUGCUCAGAAUUCAGCUGCUUUGGCUCAAACCCUGAUUUCCACGGGUUUUUUUUGCUAUCUGGGGCUUCUUACAGAUGCAGCAGGGAGACCCCCCAUGCUUGGGGAUGCUCCAGCUGCUUUGAGAUGGAAAAAUAACGAGGAGAAAGGAGGAAAAAUUACACUGUGUACCCCCACUUUUAGCCCAUUUGAGGAGGUAAACCAGAGCAGGGUGUUGCAGGGAGCAGGAAGCCAUUUCCCAGCAGCUUCCCAGAUUUUCUACGGGUGCAACGUGGAGAAUGCCUGCUACAGCCUGGGGAUGUGUGCUGAGCGAGCUGCCAUCCAAAAAGCCAUCUCAGAGGGGCACACCAGCUUCAAGGCCAUGGCCAUCGCCAGUGACAUGGGGGACUUCAUCACACCCUGCGGCGCCUGCAGACAAGUGAUGAGAGAGUUUGGCACGGACUGGGAUGUCUACCUGACCAAAGCAGAUGGCACCUACAUUGUCAAGAGGUUGGAGGAGCUGCUGCCACUCUCCUUUGGCCCUGAGGACCUGAAGAAGGUGUGACCAGCAUGGCCACCACCAUCCUUUGCCCCUGGGGCAGCAGAGGAGGAUGGUUUUCCCCAGUUUCCUCAGUGUGUAAGCGGCUUUUUGGGGAAGACACAACUGGAAAUGCAUUUGUAGUGCUGUUCCUCUCAUCUUCUGAUUGUGUUGAUUCACAGACACUGGUUCCACCUCCCCCUGAGGAAACAACAAAAUCUAAUCACAGAAAUUCCCUGUUAUUAUUAAAAAAUGUCCAGAUAUCCUUAUAGCCAAGGAAGGAGUUGAGUUUGAUGCAUGGCUCAAGUUCGGGCUUGUUGAUACAGAAAUAACUCCUAAAUAAUGCAAAAUCAUUGCUUGGGAAAAUUCUGGAUUCUUCAGCUCUGAAGAGAGGUGAAAGCCAAAAGGAAAAGCUCUAUCAGCCCCAGCAGUAAUUAAUGAGCCAGCCCAGAUUAGGUGGAUUGCUGGAAUGGGAUGGUUAUUGCACUGAGCGUGUCCUUUGCUCGUUUCUCUCCAGCUUGUUUUCCUUGCUUUUGUUCCAUUUAUGGGGGAGAAGAGAAUGAAGAAUUUUUGAUUGCUUCUGCAGAGUUUUGUGCCUCCAGAGUAGUGCCAUUUGCUGAUUGUACUAUUGAUUUAAUUAUGCACAAUGACAAAUGAAUGUGUGAUAUUUCCCAACCAAUGCUGGGUUGGGCAUUUCAGCCCAUGCCCAAGCCAAAUAAAAGCUGUUCUGGUUUA